AUGGAGGCUCGCAGGCUUUCCAUUCUCUGUUCCCAUAUAUGCCCUGGUCCGACGCCGGCUCCGGCCCGACUAGUUCCCGUUCCCAGCUCCAGUUGCGACUCUGGUUUCAGUAACAAGCAGCAACCCGGUGAUUCCAACAAGGGGAAUCUCCAAGACAACUGCGUUUUCUGCAAAAUCAUCCGCGGUGAAGCACCGGCUUUCAAGCUUUACGAGGAUGAUAUUUGCUUGUGUAUAUUGGAUAUAAAUCCCCUGAGUCGUGGGCAUUCUCUUAUUAUCCCAAAAUCUCAUUUUUGUUCGUUGAAAGCCACACCCCCAGAUGUGGUAGCUGCAAUGUGUUCAAAAGUGCCCUUUAUCAGCAGUGCAAUCAUGAAAGCCACUGAUUCUGAUUCAUUCAACUUGUUAGUUAACAAUGGUAUAGCUGCAGGCCAAGUUAUAUUUCAUACUCACAUACACAUAAUUCCGCGCACGGCACUUGAUUGCUUAUGGGCUUCUGAGAGUUUGCAGAGGCGGCCGCUGAACUUAGACCAGGAAGCCCCUCGACUUGUAGAUCGAGUUCGAGAGCAAUUAUCAUUAUCCGACGACUCUGAAGAUAGCAAGGGUCAAGGAUCUAGUCUUACCGGAAACUAG